GAAACUAUUUGAAGGCCGCGUCCACAGCUGGCCUUCUUCUUCCUUCCCUCCGCUUCUCCUCGGCCUCCUCCUUUCGCUCUGAAUCAAGCGAUGGGUUCAGGAAGCAGUCGCAUGGCCCCGCGGUUGCCGCGCCACCGGCCGCGACGCCGGCCGAGGCUCGGGCUCGCCGCCUUCCUCUGCGGCGGAGCCGCGGCCGUCUCUGCCGCCUCCACCUCCUCCUCCGGCUCCUCUCAGAUUGAAGAUAUGCCAACGGAGAAAUCAGUCAGUCAAGCAAGACUGGAUGGUUCUGUAUUAAAUUCUAAUAUCCAGAUCUCAGUCAAGGAGUCUUCAUUAAACUUUUCACAAGACCAUAGGCCUUCUAGCUCCACCAAUGAAAACAUGAGAAAUAAUCAAAGCAAUAAUGGCAUCAAUUGGGAUGGCUCGGAAACCUCUUGCCUGGAGAUGUUCCAACCUGAGAGGACUUCUGGUCUACCAAGUACCUCAAGGAAACCAGUUGAUAAUGUUGAUGCCGCUUUAGCAACGGUAUCAGAGGUUGCUAAUUGUGCAAAUGAUAGUUCCCAUAGCUCGCCAAGUUUCUCACGUAGCAUACAUCAACCUGAGCUUGGAGAUUUACAUGCAAAUGAGAUUGUUAACCCCUCAGAUGAUGUUGUGGGAAACCACGGUACCUAUACGGAUUACGUUUCUGUUAUUCCAAGGUUAUCCUCAACUUUGCAUUUUUCAAGUGAAGAUCAUCUAGGUGCAACCUCUUCUGGUUCAGAUGCCCAAACAUCAACUGGAUCAGGUGAGCAGAGAAAUGGAAGUCUACUUCAUGUUGAUUUGGUCAGUGUCUCUUCUGAUGUUCCCAGUGGCUCUGGGGAGGAAAUUAGUAGCGAGUCACGGAGGAAUACUAGAAGACAUUUCUGGGAUGCCUUUUCUAGACACAGUUCCAUGACUGUUGACUCGACAACACUAUCUUCAAUUUCAGAGAAUAAUGGUCUAGGAUAUCAGGACAGGUGGCUACUAGACAUUGAUGGUCAUGCUUUUAGAGAUGGGGUUGAAGAUGAUUCAUUAUACUUACGGCAGAGACACCAUGGACUAAAUGGAGUCAGUUGGCAUACGAGAUCUGAGAUAAGGGAGCGUCUUCAUUCUGGAUCUAAUAAUAAUGAUGGACAAGCAUCUUCCUGUCCAUCAGGUCUCCACCAAGAUGGCACAUGCUCUUGCACAUUGUUAAUGACUGAAGUGUCGAGCACCCGAGCCAGUAUUGCACGAAUUUUUGUGUUAGCUGAAGCUUUAUUUGAGGUUUUGGAUGAAAUUCAUCACCAGCCUGGAUCACUGUCACUUUCUGUGGUCUCAGUCCCAGCACUGGAAUCAGUUGUCAACUCCUUGCCAUCAAAGAUUCACAAAAAACUCGACACUGCUUUGAGCAAAAAUGAUGUGGAACAAUGUUACAUCUGCCUGGCUGAUUACGAGGAUGGAGACGCCGUGCGAAUACUUCCCUGCCACCAUGAAUAUCACAUGGCCUGUGUCGAUAAAUGGCUCAAAGAAAUUCAUGGUGUAUGCCCUCUGUGCCGCGGCGAUGUUACGGAAGCUGUUACAGAGAGUUUUAUCUCCAACUCAUAAAAAAGAUCCUCUGUAUAAUUAUGAUACUGUGAAUAUGCUGAUCUUGUAGCAAAUCCUAAAUGGUUCUAUUUAUUCCACUUCUUUUGGUUCACAUU